UUUUCAUGUUGUAUGCAUCCUGAAUGUAUCUGAGAGGUUGAUAACACAGCAUAAUAGGUGUGAACUUUAUUUACGCAAGUAGGGGAGUCUGUUAUAAGGCUUCAAAAGAGAAGUCUACACGGGACUGUGUCUUUGAACGGAGAGGUCAAUAACUCCUUCCAAUGAACCAUUAGAGUUACAGGUUGCCGUGACCACAGGUAGUUGUGAACUCGUGGAUAAGAAAGAAUUCAUGGAUCAGUUUGUCCUUCUGAGGAUAGUUUGGGUUUUUUACCUGUGUAUCUCCCAAACAAGAGCUGAGGACUGUAAAAAGACCAUCAAAGGGCUUGAAUACCGAGGGAAAAUUUCCGUAACCAAAUCGGGCCGAACCUGUCAGAGAUGGGAUAGCCAGUCCCCCCACAAGCAGGAAUACGGUAGUUAUCUUCCCGGAGGUCCCAGCGCCCAUGAAAACUUCUGCAGAAACCCUAAAGAUGAAUCGGGAGUAAGUGGACCGUGGUGCUAUACCACAGACUCACGUAGGAGAUGGGAGUACUGCAAUGUACCGUUCUGUGGAAGCCUGGUGAAUUCCAUCACUCCACACUAUGGCAGUAUGUGUGGUGAGACAAGAAUUCUUAUCAGAGGCAUUGGUUUCUCCAAAGACAACGUCAACGAAGGCAAUAAAGUGCGUCUUGUGUCGUCCACUACGUCAUAUGAUUGUCCGGUUCUCAAAGAUGGAACAACGGAGGAAGACAUCACCUGUUACACACCAUCUGGAAUGAAGGAAGGUACAUAUUAUGUGAGACUAAAUGUGGAUGGUGAAGAUAUCCCUAUCGUAAACCAUUGUCGAUCUCCUACUGACUACAGGUGUAGAGUAACGAUAAGGGUCCACAGUACCCCCACUAUUACAUCUGUGGAACCCAGCUCUGGCCCUCCUGAGAGUAUCAUCAAAAUCAAUGGUAAAAUCAUCACAGACAGAUUUGAUACCAAUGUGGAAACAGCUACUAAUGGGAGAACUGAGAAAAUUGCCAGGGUUUAUGUAGGACCACAGCUGUGUAGUCUCAAAGCAGAGAAUGAUGUGUUUUAUGGAAAACAGCUGAAUAAUGAGAACACCUGGAAUGGAUACAUGAAAUGCAAAAUGAAUGGAAAAUUUAUCGGUAAUCAGAAUGUCAGUUACAUUGUGAGUGGAGGAUUUGGAAGGUCUUGCAGGCCAAACUCGUUGUUCCUCAGUAGGACCAAACAACUUUAUCUGUUCCAGUCCUAUGCAGAGAUAACUUCUGUAUCACCCAGAACUGGCAGUAUCCAUGGUGGCACAUUACUAACCAUUACAGGAAAAAACUUUGACCAAACCCGGGUUCCUGCAAAAGUGAAAAUAUCAGCAGGUCAAAGUUGUGAAGUAAAGUCAGUGACAGAGACACAGAUUACAUGCCAGACUCCAUCGAAACCAGACAUCGCUUACAGCAGAUACACAGGAAACCGUGGAUUGUUAUUGGAAAUUUGGAACAAGACAGGCAGAAAUCGGGACCGACUUCAUGAAGUUUUAACUUUUAAUGAAAGUUUCAGUGACUACAUUAAGUCCCACAAUGACAAAGCAUCUUAUUACGACGAUGUCUAUAACAACUUUGUCACGAGACAAAGUGGUUUUUUUGUUCCUCCCUGGACAGGAGAUUACUCUUUUGCAAUCCAAGCUGAUGAUGUAGGAUCACUGUACUUCAGCAAUACCAGUAAUCCGGAUGACAUGCAAUUCAUAGCCGAGUGUCGAAGUUAUUCAUAUAAACGCUAUACAAGAUGGCCAGAACAGUUUUCCAAGAAGUUUAGGCUAACAGCAGGGGAGGCAUAUUACAUGACAAUACUACACAGAGAUUAUUUAGGACCUGGGUCAGUGAAAGUAGCAGCUCUCUUUUACCAAACAGAAUUAACCAAUCAAAGCACAUCAUUCGCUCGACAAGAACACCAACAAAUUGAAGUGAAAUCUACUGUUAUUCAAGAAGUGCAGAAGAUUUCACUGAUCACUGAAAGUGUUCAACCAGGGGUGUAUGAAGUUCAGAAAGUAGAGAUUUGUGAUCCCUCAAAUGGCGGAGCAGUGCUAAGGUUCAGGAUGGGGUUUUAUAAUGUUUACACAGAUCUCUUGACAUCUCAAAGCUCGACCAAUGAUAUAAAAAAUGCCUUAAAAUCUCUGCCAUUAUUUCAUUCUCAUGAGUCUGUAAAUGUCAUAAAUAAGACAGUGAGUUCUGGAUGUGUGACCAUCUUCAUGGAGUUUGUCUCAAAAAGAGGUAAUUUUGAGGAUUUGAAGGUCAUUAUGAAGAAUACUGGUGUGACUGUUAAUAUUACCAUACAGGAAGUUCAGACUGGCAAACCAACAGGGGAAUACUUUACCCUAGAGAUGGCAGGAGUUAUCUCACCUUUAUUUACUGGAAAGCCAAAUAAGCUACAGAUGGAGGGUAAUUUAGGUAAAAUAUUUGAAAGCAGAUGUCCUCGAGCUCUUGGAAAUCCAGUCAGCAAAAAAUUACAUUUUGGCUUUGAGUCGGAUGUUCGUCCCAAUGGAAUGUCAGUAGGCAAAGUUGUAUCAGAUGUGGAGGCGUUUUGUGGAAAGAAAUGUGUCAGAAAUCCCAACUACUUAUACUAUGAUAGGAAUAAUCCCAUCUCUUUGGGACAAAGUGUCAAAGUAGUUUGCUUCGCCUAUCUUGGAAAGCUGCAGAACUUUUUCAAGUUAGGAUAUUCCUACAGAAACAGUGCGGGAAAGACAGUAGACAACCAGUAUGCUUAUCCUGCCACCACAUUUCAACAGUCUGCAGGGUGGAACUACAAGUGUAUCGAUAUGCUGGCUGUCGUCCAAACUGGAAAAGUGGGGACAAGCUUCAAGAUCUUCUUAAUUGAGAUCAGGAAAGACAGUUCUGAGGAUUUUUACUAUGUGGAUGAAAUUUAUGUUGGCAAGGACCCCACCAAUUUGGAUGAAGAGAAUGUCAACUUGAUGAGGAUGAGACCAAGCAUGCCAGGUGGUAGAAUGGUUGAUUAUGCCAACGUGACAUGGUCUGAUGUAAAUGACACUGCAGUGUACCAAGUGGAGUUCAUUCCCUUUGCUUGCGCUUACAACUUUCCUUUGUUAUCAGGGGUACCAGGACAGGUCUCCAAUGGAACAACUCUCAUUGUAUCUCGUGUGUUAGCAGCCUCUCCUCCAAUAUCUGGGAACUUCUCUGUGACCUUCCAGAAUAAAACCAUGGAUGGUAUUCCAUUCACUGUUGAUGGGACACGGUUAGGAACCCUUCUGCAGUCGGGUAUUCCAGAGAUGGGAAAUCUUUACACUUACAGACAUGGGGGUUGUGCAGCGUUUGAUUUACACGUCGGAUUCCACUCCAAUGCUGGUGACCAAGAAACCUUACAGAUCACCAGCUAUGCAGAAGGUGAAAAUGUGACUGUGAACGUGAAGACAAUAACAGAUGGUUAUGUGUGGCUUGACGCAAUCCCUGGGGACAUGUUGGCAACUCCACACAAGACCCCCCAGGUCAUGGCAUACAUUAAUGACAUCCCCACUCACUGUUCGGGAGACUGCUCAUGGGAGUGGUCACAAUCGGCGACACCUACCGUCCACUCAGUGUCUCCUAGUACAGGAUUUCCAACAUCCACAAAUAUUACCAUUAAUGGUACUGGUUUCCAUGGUAAUCACAGUCUCAACAGUGUCGUGGUAGGGGGAGUUUCCUGCAUGAUCAUAUCAUCCAAUAGCACAGAAAUUGUGUGUACUGUCGGGGAUGGACCCACUGGAAGCUUUCCCGUCAUGGUUAAUGUUGCCGGAAGUGGAUUGGCAGAAAACGUGAAUAACAGUGUGAUGUUCACCUAUCAGUUCAGCAUUCAGUCCAUGGCACCUCGUUCUGUGUCACUGGGUGGUGGAUUGAACCUGACUCUGGGAGGAUAUGGGUUUUCCACCAAGGAUGUUGUAUAUGUGGGUGAUUCACUGUGUCCCAUCCUGUCCAGUUCCUCCACACAGAUUGAUUGUCUUAUUCCUCCACCUUCAGGGAACAAAACUGCCAGCGUGAUUGUGAUGCAGGGAAAUACCGGAAUCAACAUUACCCACAGUGCCACACUGCUGUUCUCCAGUGUGGACAUGAUUUCCAUUUCAUCCAUAGUGCCCAACUCCACAUUUGUCGCAGGGGGAACUGAGAUCACAAUAGAGGGUACAGGAGUGAACAAAACAGAAUCAGUCAUGAUAGGGAACAAACUGGUGUCUUUUACAAAUUCCUCUGACACAGAAAUUAAAGUGGUACUGCCAGCCAUGCCAGCGGGAGCAUACCCCAUCAAACUCAUGGGAGCAACAGGAUUGGCAGUAGACAGCACCAACAUGAUUCCCUCCGUGGAGUGGAGAUUGACUGUGUCCAGUGUCACUCCUCUCCAGGGAUCACUUAGGGGAGGGACCAUGCUGACUAUCGUGGGUGAUGGAUUCUCUACUAACAAGACCCGGAACUCGGUGAUGGUAGGGAGCCACAUUUGUGAGAUCGAGAGCGCUACUGUUAAUGAACUGAAGUGUCAGAUUAAGGACACAGCCAAGGUCCAUGUUGUGGACAACUCGGGGAUCCAUCCUUCAUUUAAACUAAGUGGGUAUGCGUGGAAUCCUCAGUAUCUGACGGUAAAGGUUGGAGACAUUGUAGAGUGGAGGUGGAGCUUUGCAUCUUAUAUCACUGGGAUGCGACCGAGAGUUGUGGAGGUCAAGGAUGAAAGCUCAGUGGAGGAGGUGGAAGGUGGAUUUAACAGUGGAGCUCCAAGGGAAUCAGGGGUUUUCCGUCAUCAGUUUACUGUACCAGGAAAGUACUGCUAUUGGAGUGACUAUAUUGAUCAGUACAAGACAACAUGGUUCAGGGGAUGUAUUACGGUGGAGGAUCUAAGUUCUUAUGUGGCAGCUGUCAUAGUAAAAGUCAAUGGAUUUGAUGCUUUAUAUCAGAAAAUUACACCUCAAUCUCCUCUGCCAGCUGCUGGUGGGUGUAGUGGGGAUUCCAAUCCUCUCUCAAACUGCUCAGUACCUCAACCCUCCGGUGGAGACCCCACAAAAUUUAACUUUAAAUUCUGGACAUGUGCCACUCCUGUAAUUACAGGGUUGUCUGAAAGUAAUGGCACAGUGAACACAAACAUUACAAUAGGAGGCACAGGGCUGUCCAACAAUCAUUGCCAGAAUGAAAUUAGUUUUGGAGAUGGGAAGUGCAUUGGUGAUGGAAACAGUGGGACAGAUGUUAUGUGUAACAUUGAUAGUUCUAAUUCUCCUACAGUCGGAGUUCUUCAACCAAUCACAGUACGGCAUAAUAACCUUGGAUAUGCUCUGGUGGCCAUUACUAAUGUCAAUGCAAGGUCGUUUGCUUUGAUGCCUGUUGUGACAAUGGUCAUGCCAUCUAAUGGUUCAGUGGCAGGGGGAACAAUGGUUCAAAUCCAUGGAUCCGGAUUUUCCGCUGUGAAGGAGUUUGUUUCAGUCACCAUUGGGGGAUAUCCUUGUGAUGUAAAAAAUAUGACUUAUAGUAUGAUUGAAUGUAGCACCAGAGCAGGUCAAGGUGAGAAAGCGCUGGCAGUCAAAAUCAAGUCAGCUCAAGGUCAGUGGGUGCCAGCUGUAUGUGAAGAUGUAUGUAAGUUUUCAUAUGAUGUUGCACUAACACCUACUAUAAUCUCAGUAUCUCCUUCAAUGGUGAAUGGAACGGAGGAAACCACCGUGGUUAUUGGAGGUUCAAAUUUUGGGAAUGAUUCUGCCGCUAUUUCUGUUAAGAUUGGAGGUGAAGAUUGUCGAGUGACAUCUGUAUCACUUUCAUCAGUGCAAUGUGUCCUUCGCUAUCUCCCGGUUGGCCCAAAUAACCAGGUGGUGGUAGAAGUUGCCGGCCGUGGCCUAGCUAAUGGAAACUUGAAGGUGGGCGGAGCAAGCAUUAUUACUGACAUCUCCCCUACAGAGGGAAGCAUACACGGUGGUACCCUAAUCCACAUUUCUGGGAAUGGAUUUGUGGAUAAACUGACUUCAAUUACAGUAAAGGGCAAUCCUUGUCCUAUUGUUAAUCUUAAUUUAUCCACUGUCAGCUGCAUCACACCUUCAAAUGGUCGUGAAGAAACUGUGGAGUUGAGAAUCACCUCUAACCAAAUUGCAUACCCGGUUUCCAACUUUAACUACAGUAAUCAAGUAUCCCCAAAUAUUUCUUCCAUCAAUCCAACCAAAGGCUCAGCAGGCACUGAACUUACAAUCACUGGUACUAACUUUGCCAGUGAGAAGGAGAAGAUAAGUGUUAGUAUAGGCAAAGCAGAAUGCACCGUGAUUUCUUCAUCGGAAACAGAGAUUAACUGUACUGCAGGUGCCAGUCUUGUGGGGACAUUUCCUGGGCUGGUUACUGUAGAUGGUAAAGGAAAGUCAGACCAAAAUAUACAGUUUGAAUACCAACUGCUGUUCACCUCCAUCUCUCCAAACACAGGAGGAAUUGCAGGUGACCAGUUAGUUACUAUCUCCGGGUCUGGAUUUGAUAAUUACACAACUGUCUGGAUUUGUGACAGGAAGUGUGAACAUGAUCCGUCAGGCAAUCUCUCAGCCUCCCAGAUCACCUGUAGAACACCAAAGCCAGCAGAUGAAAACUUGACCUGUACUGUGAAUGUGACCAAUAACGGGGUGUCUAGGACACUAGUUGAUGCUUACACAUACAACCCUGCCCUGACUGCCAAUGUCACCAUGGUAACCCCUGCCAGAGGAGGCACUGCUGGAGGCACCACACUCACUAUUCAAGGGACAGGAUUUGGAUCUGUUAAGGCUGCUGUGUCCGUGACCAUCGCAGGGACAGCAUGUGAUGUCAGAAGUGUAACCUCUACACAAAUAACUUGUGUCACAAACCAGCACGGGAAGUCUGAGAAAACUAAUGUCAGGGUAGAAGUGUCUGACAAUGGCAAGGCCAUUCAGACUUCAGCUGAAUUUUUCUUCAUUGAUGUUUGGUCUUCCCCGUUUACCUGGGGAGGAGGCCCUUUACCAAAGGAGGAUGAUUUGGUAGUCAUUACACCAGGGCAGACUAUAUUGCUAGACGUCAGUCCCCCCAAACUCAGGCUGUUACUAAUUCAAGGUGGUGCACUUAUUUUUGAUGAGAAAGAUCUAGUAUUGAAAGCAGUAAACAUUCUUAUCCUGCAAAACGGUCUCUUACAAGUUGGAACAGAAGAGAAGCCCUUCCAGCACAGAGCUGAGAUUGUACUUUAUGGAAACCACCGAACAAAGGAGUACCCUAUCUAUGGCACGAAAUCUCUGGCUGUCAGAGAGGGAAAUCUGGAAUUGCAUGGAAAACCAGUACCAAUUCCAUGGACAACGCUGGAUAAAACAGCAUCAGCAGGAAAUUCUACCAUCGUUUUGAAAGAAGCUGUCACUUGGAAAGCAGGAGAUAAAAUCGUCAUAGCAACUACAAGCCACAGACACUCUCAAAAGGAAACAGAGCUCAGGGUCAUUCAGGCCAUUGCCAAUGACAACAUAACCAUAACCCUAACGGAGCCAUUGAAGUAUGAACAUUUGGGAGUCACAGAGACUUUCGAUGGCACUGAUGUUGAUUUCAGGGCAGAGGUUGGCAUGGUGUCCAGAAAUGUUGUUGUAAGGGGAGACAGUAAUCAGGAGUUUGUAGAGAAAAUUGAAGCAUGUCCUGAUGGUUUUGAUACAGGUGAAUUUGCCACUCAGACGUGUUUCCAGGGCCGUUUUGGGGAGGAGAUGGGAAGUGACCAAUUUGGAGCCCAAAUCAUGAUCCACUCCCCUAAACAAUCUGGAAGUAUGUCUCAUGCUCGUCUGGAGUAUGUGGAGGUGACACAUGCUGGUCAAGCCUUCCGACUCGGAAGAUAUCCCAUUCAUUUUCAUCUGAAUGGAGAUACCAAUGGAUCAUAUGUCAGAGGUUGUGGAAUUUAUAACACAUUCAACAGAGCUAUAAAUAUUCAUGGUUCACACAAUGUCCUUGUGGAACACAAUGUUGCGUAUAAUGUCAUGGGUGGUGCUUUCUUCUUUGAGGAUGGAAUAGAAACUGGAAGCACGGUUCAGUACAAUCUACUUAUGUUUGUGAGAGAAUCCAGCAGUCUUCAAAAUGAUGAUGUAACACCUGCAGCAUACUGGGUGACAAAUCCAGAUAACACAAUUCAACAUAAUCGGGCAGUAGGUGGCACCCAUUUUGGAUUCUGGUACAGAAUGCAUCAACAUCCGGAUGGCCCUUCAUUUGACAGUAGUAUUUGUCCCCAGCAUAUUCCUGUACGAGUGUUCAGAAACAAUACAGCACAUUCCAAUGGCUGGUUUGGUCUGUGGAUAUUUGCAACCAUAAAGACUAGAGAGGGGGGUGGGUGUUCAUCCAAAACCCCUGCCAAGUCCCUGUUUGAGUCUCUCACUGCAUGGAACAAUGAGAAAGGUGCAGAAAUUGUGAAUGGAGGAGCACUGGAGUGCAGGGAAUUUGUACUGGUCAAUAACCAGAAGGCUGGGUAUGAAGGGAAGCUUAUCAUUGAAGGAGACCAGCUUUUCAAGGACUUGCUUAUAGUCGGACAUGCUCCAAGUCUCACCCGAAAAGAACAGGGCUGUACACGAGCGGGUUUUAUUCUGCCUUAUGGCAAUGGAAUGACUAUAGAUGGAGUCCGCUUUGUAAAUUUUGAUGAGAGUAAUUGUGUAGGUUUCGAUUUUGCAAGGAUUGACGGCACAUGUCCUGUGCAUUGUGGAGGAUUUUACUAUGAGACAAGAAAUUUGAAGUGGGUAUCUGCCCCAAACAAAGGCACAUACCCAUGGCAAUGGGCUGGGGUCCUCAGAGAUCUGGAUGGAACAUUGAUAGGAGAGACUGGGAAUGCAGCCUCCAUAGCUGCCAAUGCUGGAAAAGCAGUUAUUUCAGCUUCAGACACCUUGCCACCUUCAUGUGUUUCAUUCCCUAAAUUCAGCAAUAUUAGUGGCAGCAUCCCAGCAAGAGCCUGCCCCCCAGGAAUCAAAUACCAUCGCUUCUCUUUCAAUGGAAUCAGUCCAUCAGCACUGAACUACAAGGAUUUUGUGUUUGUUAAUCGCCAUGGAAAUGACUCAGUACCAUGGAGAAAGAAAGCUGUGACUCAUAAGUUGGGAUGGAUGACUAUACUUUUAGAUGGAGAGGACUAUUUCUAUUAUUUUAAGGAUGCUGGUCAGAUUACCAAUAUAAGUUAUACUGGUACAUUUGAUAGAUUUCAGAAGAAUAAUUCUGGAAGCUAUGAAUAUGUGAUCAUGCGACAGAAAGUCUCCACCCGACCUGACAGAUUUAUGUUAGAUGGAACCACAAACAUUGAACCUACGCGGAAUAUUGAUGGCAAUACUGUGCACGGACAAUGGGAAUACCUCAAGAAUGACAAUGAGAUCAAAUAUAUCAUAUCCUCCAAAAAGUCUGCAUCAAGGCGCAAGCGCAGUGUCGCAGAUGAAAACAUGUACAGUGUGACUUUCCGAGCCUACAAGUGUUAUUAUGUGGACUGCAUCGCUCCAGUAGACCCUAACACAGUCCCCCCAGUCACUAAGAGACCGUACGACUUCAAUUACUGGUCUGAAAAGGAAACGUGGAAGAAUGCCCAGAAUGGCUGGGGUGGAUACAUCAGUAAUGGGUCAUAUGACCUACCAAAAGAUGGAGACAAUGUGAAGAUCGAUAAAGGUCAGUGGGUGGUAGCAGACAUAGAGCUACCAUCAAUGGGUAAGCUGGUUCUCUAUGGGGUGUUAGAACUGGACGGCACCAAUGGCACGAAGAACUUUGUUUUGAACUGUACGUACAUCGUUAUAUUGGGAGGCCGUUUGAUUGUUGGGUGGCCAGACAAACCUUUCCCUGGAAAAGCUUUGAUUCUCCUGCAUGGGGAGCAUUCUACACCAAGAUACCCCACAACGUCUGGGCCACCAGUUGGAUCUAAAGCAAUAGGAGUAUUCGGUGGACUUGAUUUGCAUGGAAAAGAUGUAGCCACUUCCUGGACACUUCUAGAGCAGACAGCCAAUCCUGGAAACAAUCAAGUCACCCUAGCAACGUCAGUCACAUGGAACGUAGGUGAUGAAAUUGUGAUCGCCCCAACAGAUUUCUCUGUUUGGGAGACAGAGACUUUUGGGAUUACAGCCAUUUCUAGUAAUGGGAAGACUUUGACCCUCAACAGCACUCUGAAGUAUAAACAUAUUGCUCAUACAGAGACAGCCGGUGACCAAUCAAUGACUAUGGCAGCUGAGGUGGGUCUCCUCACCAGAAAUAUUCGGGUGGAAGGUGCCGCAUAUGACAAAUUGUAUAAAGAGUCAUUUGGUGCCAGAAUUUUAGUGGGACGGACACAGGACCCUGAAAACUCUGAUGUUUUGUAUAUAGGCUUUGCACGUAUUUCUAAUGUGGAGUUUUACCACUCUGGGCAGGAGGGAUGGGUGGAGCCUUCUGACCCUCGAGGCUCCAUCGCCUAUGUAGAUGUUGGGACAGUCUCUGAAAUUAAGCCUUCCUUUGUCAAGAAAUGUGCCUUCCACAAAGGCUUCUCUCCAGCUAUCAUGGCCUACGGUGCCAAUAAGCUUCCAAUAGAGGACAAUGUCAUAGCAGACACUGUGUGGUAUGCUGUGGAAUCUAUGAGUGAAGGAACCAUGAUCAAGAACAACUUUGUGACCAAAGUGCAGUGGGAAGGUUCCUACCAAAAUCGCAGGGAAAAAUCUAAUUUUCGCUUCAAUGGAGCUUUCAACUUGGAUAAGGCCACCAAUCUUGUCUUGGAGAAUAACCAUGUUGGUGGGGCAGAGAGGCUGGGAUUCAGAACAACCGGGGAGCCUUGUGAUGUGACUGCUGUAAGUCCAUGGACCGGAAAUGUCGUCCACACUGCUCUGGUGGGAGUUGGCUUGCUCCCAAUCAAUCCUCUGCCAGCUUAUCUAAAAACAUGUGUCAUGUACUCCAAUUUCACCCUGUGGAAGAACCUGGACUAUGGCGUAUUCUACAUCGGUUCAGCUAGUUCCUCAGUGGUAAAUCUUAAGGCAGCUGAUAAUGGCGUCGGUGUUUUCCAGUUCAUCAUGGGCCCAGCAGCACUCGCACAUAGAUAUGCUGACAAGUAUGCAAAUGUCAAGAAUUCUCUAAUCAUUGGAACAUCUGAUGAGCUGAACUGUUCCACAGGGCUGGGCGAUCGGUCGGAUUUUAACAUUGCUGUCAGCAAUGAGAAAAUAAAGUUUCAUAGUUCCCCACUUCGUAUUGGCAUUACCAUGCCAACAUUUAGUUCUGGAAGCAAUGCUUGUCCCAAUAUGCCUUGUAAUGGAAUAAUGUCCUACCAGACCAUCAAGGGAAUAUUCAAAUUGCAAGAUGUGACAUUCUCUAAAUUCUCGAAAAAAUGCAACAGCCAAGGGGACCGUGCUGUUGCUCCAAAUAAAGCGAACGAUGACGGAAACCAUCCAUUCAUCACUGAAAGGACCAAGUUCUUCAAUGUGGAGGAUGAUAACAAAAUCAUUUACUGGAGAUCAAGUAUAGGAAAGAUAAAUUCAGCCGAUUGUGUAGACAUGGCAUGCGAUGCCAAAGUUAAAUGUCUGCUGCAAGAUUUGGAUGGAACCUUCCUGAACUCCUCAGGAUUUAUCAUCCCCCAGUCAGAGUAUGAAUGGAAUGGGAAUCCAAAAAUGGGAUUAGGGGAUUACAGAGUACCAAAGGAGAUGCUGGUGAGGUCCAAUGGGAGCAGAAUCCCAGUCAGUGAGAUAGCUCCACACAAAGGUAUAAUUAGGUCAGACUCCUGCCAAUAUAGAGCUGCCUGGCAGGCUUAUGAAUGUCACGACCUCAACUACAAGACCUUGGUCAUUGAGAGCAUGGAUGCAGACACUGAAACCCGGCGCCUGUCUCCUCUGGCGAUCCUCGGAGAUGGCUACCUUGACCUUAUCAAUGGCCCACAGGACCACGGGUGGUGCAGUGGUUACACCUGCAGAAAAAGAUUGUCUACAUUCCAAGCUCUUGUUGCAACAGGUAAAAGCUUUUUGAUGCACUACACGAGCGUCUCCCCACAGAAGACUCGAUUCUUUUUGCUGGAUGCAAAACCCAAUGACUGUGUCAUACUAUCUGUAUGGUACUCCCAACCCUGGCGACUGGAUGUUUACCACAAUGGAGAAUUCAUACUUCCACCAAAUGCUCGUUUCGAGGGGGCAGAUAAGCGGUAUGUGAUUGACCCACCUCCUGUUGGACAGCCAGACUAUUACAAACCCAAUAUUACAGGAUGUCUGACUCAGAAAUCUGGGAUCAGUUAUUUUGAUCGGGAUUCAGGAAUCAUCACUUUUAUGAUCAAAGGUCCUGCUCCAGUGGAAAUCAUUACAGUGAAGACAGUCAUAGUUUCCUUCCAAAUUCCAGCAAUGCCAGAAGAUGAGUUUUAUGGAAAGAAUAUAGUCAUGAAUUUGGCAUCUUUCUUGAACAUCGAUGCCAGUCGGGUGCGCAUCACCAAGAUUGUUAGGGAGACAUCAUCGUCAAGCAGCCGUAGGAAGAGAGCAGCAGACCGGAUCACUGGAGUGGAAAUCGAGAUCAGUAACCCUCCAUCUCAGGAGGUAAAUUCAACAGCACAGUCAGGGGAUCUGUCAGGUGACCAGUUACAAAAUAUCACAACGAAUAUUGUAAAUGAUGUUCAGCUAGGAAGCACAUUACGUAACAUUGUGAAUAUCACCGGUGUGGCGAUUUCUGAGCCCCCACCAGACCCCUCCGACUCAAACUGGCAGAAGGUGGCAGAGGAGACGAGCAACAAUCGUUUACAGGAACUGGUUCAGCCUAGUGUUAUGAGGCUGAUUAGUCCUGUAAUACCCAUUCAUGAGGGAGCUCCGUUCUCUAGUCAACCUAAACUUCAAAUCUUUGAUGCAAAUGGAAAUGUUGUUAAGAAGCUGGGUACACUUGUCAAUCCCUGGGUGGUCACAGCUACCUUGAGGAACGGUAGUGGUCAUUCUGGACAGCUUCUCGGUAGCAGGACUGCAAGCUUUGACAAUGGCUGGGCUAACUUCACAGACCUUGCCAUCAGCCAGAUGGGUGUUGAUUACAUCAUUGACUUUGCCAUUACUUAUCCAGUUGUUGCUAGCUUUUCCUUAUCAUCAUCUAAUAUAUCAGUGAGUCGACGCGCCAUUGUGAUUGAUAUUCGCAACAUCACGUCUGACCCAGUGGAAAAUUCCUACAUGACUAUGGAUUUACAGCUCCGGGACAAGGUCACUUCUCAAGUCAUUAAGCAGGUCAACUGGAGGAAUCAUAAAUGGAUUGUGAAUGUGGCAUUAGGUGGUAUGGAUUAUUACCGAGGGCAGUUGAAUGGAAACACUACCACAACAUUUGAUGACAACAGCGGUUUGGCCACUUUGUCCAACUUCAGUUUCAGUGUACGGGGCAUGGUGGUCAUGAAAAUAACUGUAACCUCGGACCCUCCUGAAUAUUCACUGGAGAUCGAGACCUUGAUUCAAGUCCACCCACUGCAGAGGAUCCAGUUCUUCAGAAACGGCACACAGGACAUACAAUUGAGAUUUGAUGCUAAUUAUGAUACAAUUGUUGGUUCUAGAUACCUACUUCACUUCCAGGCUAUGAUGGGCAACUACCUGUCCAAUCUCUAUCCGGAUAUUAUUCUCAAUUCAGUUAGAAUUGCAAAGGGUAGUAUCUUGGUCACCUUCAAGGUCACUGGUACUUCGACCUUGUUGAACUCCACAGUAAGUUCCCUGUGUACAGCCGUGGAGAAUGGAACCAACUUUAACUUCCGAGGAACCACUCUGAGACUGUCUAAUUACCUGUCAGUGAAUGGAGAGAAUUACUAUGGAUCAAGAUGUGCUUUUGAGGUGAUAACAAAAGUAAAAGAGACAUUACCAACAGGGGUGAUAGUAGGUGUGUCUCUGGUCGGGACAGCUUUACUGAUCAUGAUUAUAGCUAUUGUCAUCUGGAGGAUGAAAGUCGUCCCAAAGACCCAGACUCACUGUAUCACAUCCGCAGAAUACAUGAACAAGUCGGAGAGCGUGGAUAUGAUCUUACAAAAUGUACAAGGCGAUAAAGUGGAUGAAUCAAUGGACUGUUUUGUAAAUGAAAACUAUGAGGCCAUUCCACCAGCUGACACUGCAUUCCGCACAUUCAGAAACAGUGGUGGAUCCAAUAGUGGUGUAUCCAAUAGUGGUAGAUCCAAUAGUGGUAGAACCAAUAGUGAUGGAUCUACAAUAUCAAAAUUAGAAAUUGAAAACUGAUGAUUGUGUCAUAUAUGAUAGAUAUGUUCUUCAGAAAAAACAUCCUGUUGCAUGAAAUUUUGAUAGUUAUUUGUAUGCACCUCCCCUCCCCCCCCACCCCCCACCCCCCCCACCCCCCCCCAAUCCUGAAAUAGAUAGAUUCUUAAAAUAAACUUCUUUAUGAAAUUGUGAUAUUCUACUAGUAUAUGCACCCCCUAUAUCCAGAAAAAACCUUGAAAUAAAAAAGGUAAUGAUUUAGUCAUGUUAGAUAAAUUCUUUAAAAAAUCUUGAGAUUUUGGACUAUGUAUUUGUAUGUAUACACCCGCACCCCCCAAAAUGUUUUGAAAUGCUCUGCAUUAUGAACUUUUCCCACAUAGUUGUACUUAUUGUACAAAUAUAACAUUUUAUUACAAUGUUCUAGCUAUUAAGCUCCUAUAUCAGAAUCAGAUGUGAUAUUUUAGCGUCAUUGGUGCAUUAAUUAUUUAUAUUUUGAAUAUUGUUGUAAUUUAUAUGUAUUUCAUAUCAAAAAUUAAUCUCAGAAAAUGUACAUGAUUCCACCCAACAACUACAAAUUAAUUCAAAUUUUAGUAUCGUAAAAAUCACUGAAAUUGCAAAAGCCAUGUUUCCUCCAGAGAACUUUUGAUUCGUUUCUUUUUAUAGAUUUUUUCUAUUAAAAUAUUUUUUGUUAGAUUCCUGAAAUACUAAUCAAAGAAUCAGAGAUUUUGCAUUUGGUAUAUUGUAUAUGUAUAUUUUGAAGAUAAAACAUGGAACAAGGCUAAUUUGAGGUUUUUAUUAACAAAUAUUUAUAUUCACUGAUGUUUUAUGAGCGAUAAACCAUGGCCGUUUCAUUGUAGUUUUAUACUUCUCAAUAAAACAGUGUGCAUGCAUGAUGUUCAAGUGACCACUCAGCUCGACAUUAAAGCGUAUACACAUACAAACAAAUAUUUUAAGUUUUUGUACAAUAUUUUUUUAUAUCAGCUUUGCUGAUUAUGCAACAAAUUACCUGUGCAAAUAUUCCAAUACUUUUACAUUCCCAUAGUACAGAAAAACUAGAUUCAAUGAAUAUUGUAUUCCUUAAUGACUUGGUUAUCAUCAUCAUGGCAGCAGACCAGCCAUUAGAAUGAUAUCGUGGUGUUCUGAGGGCUGGGUUGCGAAUGCUUGAAUGCAAAAUGUAUGGAAGCUUAUCCAAAAUUUCAAAUUACAGUCACCAAACAUUUAUUGAUUUCACAAAGAUAGAUAUAAUUGUUUUUUAAUCUGGGCUCUUUAAUCUCUAGUCGAGAGCUUUACAAGCUGAGCUAUCUGUCAUCAGCGUUUGAACCUCUCUGACCGCCACACAGAUAAUGUGAAUACUAGGUAGAUUAGGGAGGUGGGCCCAGAGGUGGGGCCAAUAUGGCUCUCUAGUGAAAAUGUAUUAAAUCUUUAAAAAAUCUUCUCUACUCUCAGACAUGUGUGAGAAAAACUAAAUGCACAGAAAAAAUAUGAUGUCUAUGAAGCUCUGUACCUAAUUUGUUAAUUCAUAACCUCUGGGUCAGGGAUUCACACCCUAGGGUGGUGCCAAUAUGGCCAUUUAGUGAGAUGUCCUAAUUAGAUCUUAUAAAAUCUGUCCUCCUCCCACAUGAUUAUGCAUUAGAAAAACUAAAUGCAUUGUAAUGGCAUCCAUGAGGCCCUCUACAAAAGAUUGUGAAAAUCAUGGUUAUUGGGUUAAAGGUUUAGGCCAAUAUGGCCAUAUACAGUUAAAAUGCAUUAAAUCUUAGAAAAAAAUCUUUUCUUUACUUCCACAGUAGUGAAAGAUAAACUGAAUGGAUGGUGAUGAAUUGUCCUUGAAGCCUUAAUCAUCUCCUUUAAUCUUAUGUAUUGUGACAAUUAUUUUUGUGAAUAAUGAGAAUGAAAAUAUCUAUGACCUUAAUGGUCAGGUCAGUUAAAUUGAGACUUGGGGGGGGGGGGGGGAUAACUUGGCCAUAUUACAGUAAAGAUAUGUUCUGUUUUAGAAAAUAUAUUUUAAUUCAUUGUGCAUUGUAGGUUUGUAUCAAUAAACUGUAAGUAUGUUG